AUUUCCGCUGCCAAGGAACAAAAACAUCCGAUCGAAUAGAAACCGUGCUUUGUUUCAGAAAUUAUGCAUAAUUUAAAAGCAAAGUCACCUGCCUGGGUAAAAUUUCUUCAAUUAUUCACAAACAUACCCGACGAUUUAUGAUGAAAAAAUUCCACACCUAUCAAAAAUAUUGACAAAAAACUGGCACGAUGAAAGAAAUCUCAGCAGCUAAACGAAUACGACAUUUACGACCUUACAGAUUAUAAUUAUUAAUGAAGAUAUUUCAGCUUAUAAUGUAUUCUGGUGUUUGCCAAACGCGUCAGAAUUCUGAUUUUCGGUAUAAAUAAAUAAUUAUCUUCAAAAAUUGUGACACGAAGAGUAUCUUAUUCUGAUUGGUUCUUUUUUUUCAACCUCUAAAGUAAUUUAAAUUAAUUUGGUUCUUCUUUUUCAAGCUUGUAUUUCAAAAAUCAACCAAAAAUUUGAAAAAAACUGCUAUGGUCAACCGGUGGGAUUUUGCAGCAAUCACGUUUCUUCUGCUCUUCAGUGCUUUUUUGAUCAACCUUGUCGUUCAAGAUGUGAUCGAUCUUUUCUCGGUUCUGGGCAAAACUCAGAGUCAGUUGAAGUACCUGGACGCCGCGAACGGUAUUUAUGACCCGGCCAUGGUCUCGUUCCGGGGGUUUAAACUAGGAGCAGUUUCGGUGGCGCUGCACUCCUUAUGUGUUUGCUCUUUGAGAAGGACCAGGGAUCCGGCGUAUGUCCAGAACUGCACCGGAACUCCAUACCCGAUUAAUACAAACAUGGUUGGCAUCGGAAACAACACCCAACAACCGUAUUGGGAUAACUUCUAUGAAAUCCCCGGCGAUCGAGGGAAUGGAGAGUACCUAUAUUACGUAUGCACACACCCGGGUAUCGAGGGACUGACCAUCGCGACGACCCCUUUUGGCGCCGGUAUGGCCCGAUUCUUCGAAGCUGCAGCGAUGGGUCAACAGUACAUAGACCAGUUCUAUCAGACGCAUUUUAUCAACCGGCCUUUGCCGUACAACCCUUCUGGACACUACAACACCAUUCUACUGGAAAAAAGAAUCUAUCUGGGAAUCGGAGAGGUAGCAGAUGAGGUGAACACUUUUAUAACGGCGCAGACAAGUCGUACCAAACACUCGAAUCCGAAUAUGACCGAGUUCAAGAUCGGCUGGGAAUCAGACACCUACCUCCUUGUCCAGGAAAUCCAGAUGGGCAGCGUGCUUCUCAUAUUCACCGUAAUCGCAGUUCCCGCCCUUCUAAUCGAGCGACUCAUCACCCUAUUUGGGAAACUUAAGCGCAAAGGGGAGUUUUUCAAAGGAGUGAGCAAACCCCCCAACCCUCCCCCGGAUCCAACUGUUGCGGCGCCGUCCCGUUCAACCAUGCGAAGUGCCGGAAGCAGCCGACACUCCGAAGAGCAUUUGCAGGUUCAUGAAAGCCAGAGAAGACGUGGAAGUGGUGAUCAAAUGAAUAAAAUUUUAAUAUGACAGGAACUGCACUUAUAAUUGGAUCAGAUUUUGUUUGGAUUAG